AUGCGUUCAGCCUCUUUGCCAGAUAAUGCUCUUUCACACAACUGCAAGCUGUGUUUUGCUCAGCUAAAGCCCGCGGAGAACGUAGCUCAGAAGGCCGGCAUCAUGUCCCGCUGGUCCAUUUUCGCCCUGCUCGCAUUGGCGUGCAACGCCAGCAAGUUCCUGAGCGUGGAGCGACAGCAGUCCAACACCACCGAGAGCCCGUGUCAGUGCCAGGCAGACACGUCCUCCAUCCCAAGGCCAACCCGCACAAAGAACAAGUGCGUGUUCAUUGACUUGGGAGCAGCAGAUGGCAACAGCUACAACGCAUUCCUUCAGGGUCAGUACGGCAACAUUGCUGAUUGCCCCAACCAGGAGUAUGAAGCAAUCCUGGUGGAAGCAAAUCCCCACUUCAAGGCCGCCCUUGACGGCGUUGCUGCACAAUCGGUGCCGGGCAAAGAGCUGCAUGUUAUGCUGAACGGUGCCUGGAUGUGCGACGCAGACACCACCUUCCACGUCAUGGGCACCACGGCAGGAUCAUCAUCUUUGGCCCCGCAAGCCAGCAGCCCGGAAGACGUGCACGUGCACCUCAUCAACGUCAUUCAGCUGAUCAAGAAGUGGACCAUCCCCGGCGACAAGGUGCUGCUGAAGGUGGACAUCGAGGGGGCAGAGUUCGACAUCAUCCCGUGCCUGGCGCAGUCGGACGUCCUCAGCUCCGACAUCACCGCGUUUGUGGAGGAGCACUACUUCCUGGGUGGGGUGCAGCGGAGCAUGACAGGUAUCACGGAUGCGGAAUACAACGCAGCCAAGGAGACUCUGAAGUCCAAGGGGGUGAAAAUGCCCCACUAUUCCUCCGCAACCCUCAUCCAGAAAGCCGCAUGA